GUAUGAAUCUAAGAAUUAUUUAAAGUCAAAACUAAUGAACUUGACUUAGUAGCCGUAAAUCAUAGUUAACUACAUCCUAUGACUUUUGAACCGAGUUGAGAUUUCCAUAACCAAAGGCAUUUUAGACUGGUUGUUACCUACUGUUGUCAAAUAGUAAAGGUAGUUAUAAUGCUACUGGGAAUUUCAGGACCUCAGCAAGUUCUAUAUUGUUUUUCCAUGUUAGUGAAUGCUCUUGAUUCUUCAUCUCCUAGGCUGUUGUAUUCAUAUGACUAUGUAGGUCGUGUAGCGGAUAAUUGAUUGAAUUGGAUGAUUGUUAGUUCUGAAUCUGCUUUAUAUGCUGCAACUGAGAGUGAUAUCAUUGUUGGUGUGAAAGUCAGUCGAAAUGCCACAACUGAAAGUGAUUUCAUUGUUGGUAUGAUGGACACUGGAAUUUGGCCUGAAGGUGAGAGCUUUAAAGAUGAAGGUUUUGGUCCUCCUCCUAAGAAGUGGAAAGGUGUUUGUGAAGGCGGCAAAAAUUUCACCUGCAACAAAAAGAUCGUUGGUGCUCGAUAUUACUUAACAGACUCUGCAAGGGAUUUCUGGGGUCAUGGAACUCACUGUGCAUCAAUUGUAGCCAGGAGUCCUGUAAAGGAUGUAAGCUUUUACGGACUAGCAAAUGGUACUACAAGAGGAGGUGUACCUGUUGCGAGAAUCACAGCAUAUAAAGUCUGUGAUCUUGAUUUCGGGUGUAGUUCAGACAGUAUCAUGGCUGCUUUUGACGAUGCAAUUGCUGAUGAAGUUGACAUCAUUUCAAUUUCACUUAAUGGAUUUUUUCGUUCUGAGCCUCAUUUUUAUAUUGACCCGAUUGCAAUUGGUGCCUUUCAUGCCAUGAAGAAAGGGAUACUAACUUCACAGUCUGCCGGAACCAUAUUUAAUAGUUAUAAGGUUGGUCCUGUGUCAAGUGUAGCACCAUGGAUAUUCACAGUUGCAGCUAGUACCACAGAUCGCCGGAUUAUUGACAGCACUGUUCUUGCAAUUGGAAAGAAACUAGUCGGGCACUUUACGAACACGUUCACAUUAAAUGGAACAAAUUUUCCUCUCAUAUAUGGAAAAGAUGCUUCAAGAACAAAAUGCUCUCAAAGCUAGCUUGGUAAUUCUUGUCCCUGUUUCACUUUUACUGCAUACAAUAUAAAGGAAUAAAAAUGAAACUAUAGUACUGACUUCUUGUUGCAUUUUAGUAUAUGUUGGGAAGGUUGCCUGGACCCUGAUUUAGUUAAGGGAAAGAUAGUUGUAUGUGAGAAGAACACUAGAUUUCCUGGGGCUUACAGAUCUGGGGCAGUUGGGAUAAUUUUUGUUAAUUUUAUGAACAAAACUUUUUCUCAAGUUCUCCCAUUUCCUGGGGUGAAUUUAAUCACAGAAGAGCUAAAUGUGGUCAAGUCCUACAUGAACUCCACCAGGUAUAGAUUCAUUUGAAUACUGUUAAGGUUGGCGAUUUUCGAUCACGUUGCUUUUUAAAUUCUUGAAAGCCUCUCUUAUUUUACAGGGUCCCUCAAGCGACGAUAUUACAAAGUGAAGUCAUAAAAGAUGUUGAUGCGCCUCUUGUUUCUAUCACGUCUGCGACUGGACCAAAUUUAGUUGACUAUGUUCUGAAUUUGAUGAUUCUUCAUCUCCUAGACUGUUGUAUUCAUUUGACUAUGUAGGUCCAGGACGAGGAGAUGAGGACCUAUACCGGGACGGUGAGAGACUUUGUACGAGCUAUGUCUAGCCUCCAAAUCUCACUACUAGCACUUAAUUUUGCUCCACCUUCGACCUCAGAGCUACCUCGCCUUGUCGAUACCCAGUAGCUUGACAUAUCAAACCUAGAAGACUACUUGUAGUUUUUUCUUUUUUGUUCGAACAUCUUGUACGUACAUUUUCAUAUAUUUUAUA